AAACAAAGGGAGCCUCCAAAAAUGACCCAUAUGAGAUAAGAGAUUAUAAAGACCUCUUAUUUUCAACCAAUUACAGAAUUAUGACCAAAAGAUGGAACCUGUUAAAUUCAUCUGGGUCAGUGACAGAAAUUAAGUCCAGUUAUGGACCCAAUGACUUUGACCUGAAAUGUUCAUAAAAGUCUCUGAGAGAUAGGUUUUGUUUCAGGGAAAAACAAGAGAGAGAGAGAGAGGCAUAGUGAAAAUUUUGUGAAAGAGCAAAAAUGGAAGCAGAAGGAACAAAGAGCAGCAGCAGCAGUCUUGGAAGCUCACUGCUGGUGCCUUGUGUACAGGAAUUGGUUAAGGAGCCUAUGGCUACUGUCCCACCAAGAUAUAUACGCCCUGAUCAAGACUAUUCCAUCGCUGCCCCUGGUGACGAUGGGGAGGUUCCAGUUAUUGAUAUGCAGAGAUUAUAUGAUCCAGAUUCCAUAGAUUCUGAAUUGGCUAAGCUCCACUUGGCUUGCAAAGAUUGGGGUUUCUUCCAGCUAGUAAACCAUGGAAUAAGUUCUUCAUUGUUGGAGAAAAUGAAGAUGGAAGUUCAAGAUUUCUUCAACCUCCCAAUGGCAGAAAAGAAAAAAUUUUGGCAGUAUCCUGGAGAAGUGGAGGGAUUUGGACAAAGCUUUGUUGUAUCAGAGGAGCAAAAGCUUGACUGGGGUGAUCUUUUCUUCAUGGUCACUCAGCCAGCUCAUUUAAGGAAGCCGCACUUAUUUCCAAAGCUCCCUCUUCCUUUCAGAGACACCUUGGAAAGUUACUCAUCAGAAGUAAAAAAUUUGGCAGUUGCUAUCCUUGAGCAGAUGGCAAAAGUUUUAAAUCUUAAACCCGAGGAAAUGAGAGACCAGUUCACUGAAGGCAUAAGGCAAACAAUGAGGAUGAACUAUUAUCCACCAUGUCCUCAACCAGAGAAGGUCAUUGGCCUUACGCCUCAUUCGGAUGGCACCGGUCUCACCAUUCUCUUACAGGUUAAUGAUGUUGAAGGUCUACAGAUUAAGAAAGAUGGGAAGUGGGUUCCUGUCAAGCCCCUCCCAAAUGCCUUUGUUAUCAACAUUGGCGACAUUUUAGAGAUCAUAACCAAUGGCAUAUAUCGCAGCAUCUUGCAUCGUGCAACAGUGAACUCUCAACAGAAAAGACUCUCAAUUGCAUCAUUCCAUUCGCCAAGAUAUGAUGGUGAAAUAUUUCCAGCACCCAGUUUGAUUACUGCGCAAACACCAUCAAGGUUUAGAAGGGUGACAGUUCAGGAGUUCUUCAAGGGCUUAUUUUCUCGUGAACUUCGUGCGAAAUCUUAUCUUGAUACUUUGAGAAUAGAGCACCAUGAAGCCUAAAUUUAGAUUGCAAGAAGCAAAGUACUCUGGAAGUUGACAAUAAGGAUCAUAAAAUAGUUGCAAUACAAGAAACAAUGAUACAUCAGUAUUUUUUAGUA